CGCAUCUGUACGCACACACACGUGUAUACGUAUACACAUAUGUACGUAAUGUGUCCAAAUGACACACACAGAGAGAAAAAUGACGACCGACCAUCAGUCGAACGAAUUGCACACAUGCCAACACACACACGCGUGUUGCCAACAAAUACACACAGGUCACUCCGACUGGACACAGUGAUACUGUCAAGCGUCCAUACUACAAAACAGCACAACCACCAACGGUGCCUAGCUUCCCGCACACACACAUGUGCUCACAGCCCACACCCAGUCACUCUCUCAUACGUCCGAAAAAGACUCCUGGCUGCCCCCCACCGCCUGGCUGUCGUUGCUCCCAUACGCCUGUGUGGCGGCAGCCAGCCGUGAAUCCUGGCCAUCCCCAUCACUCUUGAGUGCCGCGCCAUUCGCCGUGUCGAGCGUUGUGGUGGCCUGGUCGGAGCUGCGGUAGUCGAUCCACAGAGUGACGGCCGACUGGCCCGCCAGAGACACAACCACGAGGGCCACGCCGACAAGCGCCAGGUCGGUGGGCCUCUCGCCCUGGACAGCGAACAGGAGCAGAGGGCCGAGGACGGUCUCGAGACACAUGUACAGCGCCACCUCGGCCGGAUGCAGAUACCUUCACGGUGGAAAGCAACAGAGAGACAAUCAUGCAUUAUGUGUCCAGCUGGGAGCUUCCCUGCCUCCACUCUCUCUACCUGGGCGCGAUAUUGACAGCCACGAUGGCUACAGGGUAGCAGACGCCGCCCAUGGCCACGAACCAUGCCAUCUCCACAUAGCUCGGCGAGAAGGGCCGCAUGUCGAUCCCAACACACGCCACAAUCACCACAGAACACGCCAACGCGUACACGGCAAGCACCCUGGCGUCCACUCGAGGGUGCCGGGUGCUCACGUAUCGGAUGCCCACCAGGUACCCCGCAAGAGCCGCCGCAGUCACCAGUGCCAGCACAUUGCCCAACACCCGGCCGGCGCGAAAGUCAGCCACAAACACCAAAACGAUGCCGGUCAGCACCAGCACAAUCGCCACGGCCAGGCUGACGGCAAUCCGCUCGCCCAGCAGCAGGUAGGCCAGCAGGGCGGCGAAGAUCGGGUUGGAUGAGUAGAUGCCGAGUGCGUUGGCGGCAGUCGUCGACACAAUGGCGGAGGGGAAGCACGCCAUCGACACGAUGAACGGCACGAUGCAAAACAGAACCGACGCGCCGCCCUCUGUGAAGGUCGACAGCCGCCGCGAUGAGUGCGUGGUCGCCAGCACCACCACCAGAAGCACAGCCGCUGCCAAAGCAGACCGGAAAAAUAUGAUCGUCCAUAUGCUGAAGUGCUGCACCUGCCUGCACAGGACCAGGGCAAAGGAAUCGAACACAAAACACAGACACUGCAUAUAAUGCUCUCUUGUUUUUCUUGCUUGUUUGUUUGGGCUGACCGCAGUAGGAGUGCGUCGGGUGUGAUGGCGAUGACGCCAAUCAGUAUGGUGAGCGUCCCCUUCACCCGGUCAGGCAGGCGGACCGAUGCGCAGCGACGAACAUUCGCCGGCAUCUAUCGCCUUAUCGAACGCCAAUCUCGUCUUCUGUCCACCCGUUCGUUUCG